CAGUCAGUUACCUUUACGCGGUCGGUAGUCGCUUAGCUUUUAGCCGAGCACGACUUUGCUCUAAUCUGAAAACGUUAAUUUAGCCGCCGUGUGUGUCUAAAGGAAUAUAUGAAGGUUAACUAGUUUACGUUCAGUUGAAAGAUACGGCUGUUAUCUCCUUGCGAGUUUGACAGUUUUGCUUUCUUGUCAGUUAGUUAGCCAAAUAGGCUAGCUGCGGCAGGUGAUUUGUUUUGACUUAAGUACUCUAGUAUCUAGAUAACUACCUACUCGGUCCAUUGCAAAUAACGUAUAUCGGAUCACUUACCUUUGGUGGUUAGGCACUCCGCUGACUUACCUACGUAGCGCUUUCACAUAGCAGCCUUGUGUAAAUGCCAGCGUUGCUAUCUUAAAUAGUUAUUCCUUUGGCUUAACUACAACCUGGUCUAUUAACGAAGUCAAGUGCCGUUUGCUUCGGUUGUUUCUGGCUAGGUAGUUCUGUUGAUCCAACCAGCUUGGUACUGAUCGGGCCCCUUUGGCGGCUGGGCAAUGCCGGUUCAUUCCCGCGAAAAGAGAGAAAGUAACCAUGCGGAGAUGGAGCUGGAUUAUCCGGAGCAGGACGGCAGCAGCUCCGACGAGGAGGAGACUGACAGCUCUACCGUGUCUGAGGACGGAGAUAGCUCAGAGAUGGACGAUGAGGACUAUGAAAGGAGAAGAAUGGAAUGUUUGGAUGAAAUGACUAAUUUAGAAAAACAAUUCACUGACCUUAAAGACCAACUGUAUAAAGAGAGGAUCACACAAGUGGAUGCUAAACUGCAGGAGGUGAUGGCAGGAAAGGCACCAGAGUACCUAGAGCCCCUGGCCAACCUGCAGGAGAACAUGCUAAUCAGAACAAAAGUGGCCGGCAUCUACAAGGAGCUGUGUUUGGAGUCUGUGAAGAACAAAUAUGAGUGUGAGAUCCAGGCCGCCUUGCAGCACUGGGAGAGUGAGAAGCUGCUCCUGUUUGACACAGUGCAGAGUGAGCUGGAGGAGAAGAUACGGAGGCUGGAGGAGGACCGGCACAGCAUCGACGUUACCUCGGAACUGUGGAACGAUGAGCUGCAGUCCCGUAAGAACAAGAAGAAGGACCCGUUCAGCCCGGACAAAAAGAAGAAGCCUGUGGUCGUGUCUGGCCCAUAUAUCGUCUACAUGCUACAGGAUCUGGACAUCCUCGAGGACUGGACCACGAUCAGAAAGGCUGUCGCCUCACUCGGACCCCACAGAGUAAAAACAGAUGCUGUCCAGACGGAAUCCAGCGUACCCACUAAACCUCCAUCCUUCUCCAAGCCUGAGCGACAUCAGCACAAGGCCCGAUCUGAAAAUGGCCGCUUGCUAUACGACGGCGAGUGGUACUGCCGGGGCCAGACCAUAUGCAUCGACAGGAAGUACGAGUGCCCCACGAGCGCCACAAUAACUACCAUCAACCACGAUGAGGUCUGGUUCAAACGGCUUGAUGGCAGCAAAUCCAAGCUGUACAUCUCGCAGCUCCAAAAGGGCAAAUACACCAUCAAACAUGUGUGAUUCCCACCCUGGCCCAUCUCUCACAGACCUCUGAAGAGUGCUGUUUUACAGAUAUUGCGUUCAAAAGACUGGCAUUUUAAAGCUGAGAUGAGUCCCUACCAAGCGCUUGGCCUAAUUCUGUCAAACACCCAUGAGCUGUAGCUUUCAUGUGUUUGCUGAGUGUUGAUGGAGAAUACUCUCCUUAAUUAGAGUGAGAGAUGAAAGGGAUGGUUUAACUAGAGCAUGGUGUAAGAAGGAAUGAGAUUCAGCUGCCUUUACCAGAAUGUGAGUGUACUGCACAUGGUCAGUAGGCUUGUUCUGACUUUCAUCCUAAACAGGAAAAGGAAAUUGAAAAAGGGAGAAGCUCACCAGCCUGCAGUGGUGUCUCUUUUAUGUGUGUGCUGCCCCCAUCUGGCCAUCUGCUUGUUAUUUGCUGUGGAAUGUGACAGGGCAGGAGUUCAUGUUCAUGUCGUCAGCUCUGACUGGGAUGCCUCUUUUCUGCGGAAUCCAGUGGUCAGACAGCAUUUUAACCUCACAAUAAAUUAUAUAAAGUGGUAAAGUUGGCAGCCUGUCCAAAAUGUGUAUAUGUAGGAAAGUGGUUUAACUUACUUGCCGAUGUGAAUAAUGUGCAACAGCAUGCAUAUCAGAGAGAUCCGCUUAUCUGUUAGGGCAGAGUGAGACCAGAAUGUGCUGCUUCAACCCAAGCCAAAGAGAAAAUGUUCUGGGGACAUUGUGAGGUGAUGUUGUGCUGGAAUAUCAGCAGAUGGACCGAUGGGUUUUUUGAUCUUUUCCCAUAAAUGUAGGAUCUCAGUACCUUUGUGUCUGGACCAUUAGUGUCAGUCUUCUCGUGUAUUGUGUUUUUUUUCAUCAUCAUAAAUGGUCAUGGUUAUUGACUGUGUUUUGGGUAUGUAACCUUUCUCUACAGCAGUAUUAAACAUGAAUUUUGCUUGAGUCAUUGUUCUAUGAGGGGGUGGUGUGACCUGGUUGUUUAUGAAAUGAUGUGUGAAUAAAGGUUUGUGGAAUUUAAUUCCCUGUAAAAAUAUCCUGUGAAGGUGAUGUUGCUUUGAUCUCUAGAGAUUUUGGGCUCUGUACUGUUUAUUUUUGUAAUAUACAUAUCCUGUCCUGUAUGUUUGAAUGCUUUCCCUUUUCUGUUAGUAAAGUGAGCAUGUACAGAAAAAAUAUUGGUUUAAAAAAUAUAAUCAGUGUGCUGAUGUGCAUCAA